AUGAACUAUGGUUUUCCAGGCAUUCCAGGAUCAAAUGGAAUGCCGGGAGUGCCAGGAAUGCCAGGGCCGCAAGGGCCGCAGGGAAGUGAAGGAACAAAAGGAAAGACUGGCGCUAAGGGAACGAAAGGUAUGACGGGACCAAAAGGAGAGAGAGGUCGUGAAGGGCUUCUUGGGAAGAGUGGCCCGCCAGGAAUGAUGGGAAUGAAAGGACAGCCGGGAUCUGUUGGAGCUGCAGGAAAGAAAGGAGACAAAGGAGAGAAAGGAGAAAGCGUGAAAGGAAGUUCGGCUGGUCCUGUGCCACAAACCAACUGGAAACAGUGUGUGUGGAGAAUAAACGCCAAAACGGACAACGGCAAGAUAAAGGUAAAAGAUGAAAAGAUAAACAUUCAAAAUAUAAUCUGUCAAUGAGAUUAUGGUUUGCCUGAUUGUGUUCAUUUGGAUGGAGCAAAACAUUUCUCUUCUUUUUUGUGCAUACUGAGAUAACAAAUGUAAGUAACCUUACAUUGUGUGUAAUAAGAUGAGAUUAACUGGAGAAAAAACAGACUUGUAGCAUUUACCAACAGAAAACUGUCAUUGAAGGCAUGAAACAAUAAUCCACGCAUGCAGAUUCUAAUUUUCGUUGGCACUUGUUCUGUAAAAAUAAAUGACAAAUUAUCGAGUAAAAGGUAAAUCAGCUGUCAAAACAUGUUAUAUUCAAACACAAUUGGGCAAAGUCGUAUGACAAGUUGAGCAUGGUCAUGAGAGUGACAGCUAUGUAAAAAAUUGGAUACCGAUAAGAGAAGUACUUCAUAAUUUUUUAUUGUCGUCUUAGAGUACUUUUUUCUACAUGUGCUUUUAACUAAUUUAAUAGCCUAGUGACAACUUCAUAGUGCUUGACUUUAUUUUAUUCCAGGAUUGCUCGUUUAACAAGCUGCUGUCUGAUACAGCACUCAAGGUCUCGUUUCAGGGAACGCUGAGAGUCUAUGGCAGUGGUGUGAAGUGUAACCGUUGGUAUUUCAAGUUCAAUAAUAAAGAAUGCAGUGGACCAAUGACAAUUGAAGCUGUCGUUUACAACAACUGGCCCUCCGGAAACCCCAAUCUGCUCCACCACCGUUCAUUUGAGGGAUAUUGUGAGAAUAUUCCACAGGGCGCAGUUAGAGUGGAAUUAUGGGUAGGCCAGUGUUCGAGUUAUACCUUGGGUGAUGCUGUCACUGGAUGGAUUUCAGUUUCCCGGAUAAUGAUUGAAGAAGUGUCUAGGCCCCAGUCUUAAAGAAAUACUCUGAAACUUUGUAUUCUCUUAAAAUCUAAUUCGCAUAAUAAAACUUACUGGCAAGUAUUGGCUAAAAUUACUAUUCAAAAUACAACUAAUUAAUACAACUUUUGACAUGUUGCAAUACUGUAAUUAACUCCAUGGCAAGAAUUAAUGGUUUACUGAAUAGCAUUUGCCCUUGAAUGGAGUCCUGAACUCUUACUGUCUCAGACUGUAGCACUAUUUCUUGGAAAACUAUUUCUUAACAGAUUGUUCUUUGUUUUCUGCUAUUUAUAAACAUCUUACUCUGUUUGGCUUGUACGCCAGUUUUAGUUAACCUUCAAUCAAGGGGAUAUAACUCCUCUGGUAAAAAUGUUAAGAAAGGGAAAAUCAACAAUUUAUAUGCAUGUACUUUCUAGUGUAGCAGGGGUUUGUCUGACGAGCUUAAAUUUUUUGAGAUAAUAAUUCCUCGGGCAUACCAUUUCUAAACAAAUGCUUAAGGAAAAGCUAAAUCCGGAAAUCCGAAUCUGUUGCGUCGCCAAUCAUUUGAGGGCAAACUGUGAGAAUAUUCCACGGGGAGAAAUAACAGUGGAAUUAUGGGUAAGCUAAUGUGAUGGUAGCUAUACCUUGGGUGAAGCUACUACUGGCUGGAAUUCUGUGUUCCGGAUAAUGAUUGAAGAAGUACCCAGGGGCCCGUUUCUCGAAAGUCCCGAUAAUUAACGGGCCCGUAAAGCUGUUGCUGUUUACAUGCAAGAUAGAGUUUUCAAUAGUUUUGCAUCUAACAUGAUAAAACUAUCAGUUUAUGAAACAAAAUGGAGCAGUUAACUGACCAGAACCCGCGCUUUCAUUCUUUAUAUUUCGUUUUGAAAAUUUGAUUUCGGGCCCGAAAUCAUUCUCGUCCCCAGAGCCGCUUGGCCCUCUUAACCGUCGGAGACUGAGCCCUCGUGCUCAGUCUCCGACGGUUAAGAGGGCCAAGCGGCUCUGGGGACGAGAAUGGCCCGAAAUGUUAUCGGGACUUUCGAGAAACGGGCCCCAGGCCCCAGGCCCCAGGCCCCAGGCCCCAGGCCCCAGGCCCCAGGCCCCAGUCUUAACGAACAAACAUUAAGGUAACGCCAGGCAAAUUUUCAUUGAUGAUUUAUAAAAGUGUAAGGUUGUUUAUAAAUAGUAGAACUGUAGUUAAGACUAUAUAUUGUCUUUAGUUUAGAAGGCGUGAAAUUUCAUUAAAUGCUG